AGAAGAAGAAGAGGCGGGGGGGAAAUUCUGAUCACGUGACUACCCUUGAACCAGGAAGUGCGGUGGCAGAUACACGGUUAUAUCAAAACAAAUCAAGACUAGCCUGUUGGGGUGCUGAAAAUUAUUUUUCCUGUGAUCACCUGAAACCAUAUUCGUCUUGACAUGGAUGAAACACUCUUCCAGCUAAAGUUCACUUCCAAGCAGCUUGAGAGAUUGGCCAAGAAAGCAGAAAAGGAGUCUGAAAAGGAGCAGGCCAAGGUCAAGAAGGCUUUGCAACAGAAAAAUGUGGAUUGUGCCAGAGUUUAUGCAGAGAACGCUAUCCGAAAAAAAAAUGAAGGACUUAAUUGGCUGCGCAUGGCGUCUCGAGUCGACGCAGUGGCCUCUAAAGUUCAGACUGCUGUCACCAUGAAGGGAGUGUCCAAAACCAUGGGCCAGGUGACCAAGGCCCUGGACAAAGCUCUGAACUCCAUGGAUCUCCAAAAGGUCUCUGCAGUCAUGGAUAAGUUUGAAAGCCAAGUCCAGAACCUCGACGUCCACACCUCAGUGAUGGAGGACUCCAUGAGCUCGGCAAUGACGCUGACCACGCCUCAGGAGCAGGUGGAUGACCUGAUCCACCAAAUAGCAGAGGAGAGCGGCCUGGAGGUGAUGGACCAGCUCAGCCAGCUACCUGCAGGAGCCACUUCAGUGGGUGCAGAGAGCUCACGGAGCCAUGACAAGGAGGACCAGCUGUCUCGACGGUUGGCUGCUCUGCGGAACUGAGGGAUCCUCCAGGACUGGUGACGGGGCUUACAGCUGUGUGGAAGCAGGCAAGCUUAAUGAUGGCGACAGGAGCUGUGUGUGUUUCUAUUGAACUGUAUCUACCGGGAGGACUUAAUGAGCCUAUCGAUUACCAUCCCCCUGCUCUAUAAAUACACACACACACACACACACACACAGAGGCUAGAAAUACCACCUGAGAAGGCAUGAAUCUCUCUCUUGUUCACCUUCUCAUUUCGAUCCAUCUAUUCCCGUUUCUUUCGUCCCCUCCAAUUCCCCAUUGGAUCUUGUUUUACCUUUCCCUUUUCUCCCUCCUUUUUUCUCCCUCUUUCUCCAUCACCACCACCACCUCCUCCUCCUGUGGCUACACUACUCUCCAGUUCUCAAGUCACACGCUUUUGGAUGUAUGCUUUGUACAAAAUAAGAAACCCAUUUUACAAACUAUAUAAUGUACAAUGGUGAAAAGUUUUAAUAAGCAGUUAAAGUGAUUAUAAGGGAGGUGGGUUUCCCUGGCUCUCAUAAGACGCAGGAUGGGUUAAAGAUGUAUCUACAUGUUUUUCUUUUUUUUUGGCUGCUGUCAGUCAGAAAUGAUUUAAAUGGACGAAUCUGUUGGGAGGAAGGAGACACAAAUUUAAUGGGAAAGAAAUAUCAGUUUUUGCACUUUAGUAUUUGACAAGUUUUUAAAAUUUAAAAUAGACAAUGACAUGUUUGUAACACUAACAAACAUAGUCUCCUUCCCUCAUCAGAUUCAUCCAACUAACAACAGCUUCAUGACAUUGUUAUAACACUGUAUACAACAAAGGACAAUCCUCAAAAUGAAUGAUUUUUGUGUUGUACUUUAUUUUUGAUCAGAUUUGUUGUUUAUUUCUCAUGCCUGUAUUCAGACUUUUUGCUUUGAACGCCUUAUUUGGGUUUCAGGUGCUUGCAUAGGUGCUUCCCCCGCCAGUGCCUGAAGGACAGUAGUUUAGAGAGCGAACAGCAGCAAACUCAAAUUCAACACACAUUGGUCAGAACAAGGAAUGUUCCGUUCCUCUUCCUGCCAGACAAACCUGAGAUGUUCUUGUCUUGGCCAGCUUCACUUUAACACUGACUGUGAUGAGUGUGAGCUCCAGUUGCCUGAUCUCUUUUUGGUUUGGGGUGUUUGCUCUUCCCCAGCAACACUGAAACCUCACUCAGAUAUUUUUGGAAGCUUCUCUGUCUAAAGUAAUCAUACCCACCUGUCUCAGUCCCAUCCCAAACUGUUUCAGGAGAAGACAUCAACUAAGAGAAGGGACGUACAUGCUGGAUUUUUUUUUUAAUUUGUUUCAGGUAAAUGAGGCGGUUUGUUCGACGAUGGUUUGCAUCAAUAGCAGGUGAUAUUUAAAGAAAGAAUAAUAAAAUGUACAAUGACAACAGCGUGAGUUAACAAAAGACUGGUUCCUUUUUUCUCUUGUUUUUGGAGAUCAUAGCUCUGUAUAGAGUUGCCUGUUAAAUGCUUUGACUGGUUUUGAUGCUUCCUGCUUUGGGCUCUCAAUGUAGACCAGUGAGAGGGCAGGCAGGCCGAAGCCAGAUCUCCACCUGUGACAGAGCAGCUACACCCUCUGAUAAUGUCUUCAGUUUGUUGUCCAUUUUAACAUGGGGAGGGUUUAUUUAUACUCAAAGUUCAGCAGACCUUGCAGCAUUUUUGUUUUGUAUAUUUAUCUUGUGAAAAUAAAAACUUGCCCUCUGA